AUGCAGUGCAGUCAACUGGCAGCCCCAUCUUGGGGACGCGCGGGACUAUCCGCAAGCAGGACGGGAAUUGCGGAUGUGCCGCAUAUGCUCCCAGGCAAGGAUCAUGGCGAUCGUAGAAGAAUCAUUGGCGACGAAAAGGGGAGCGCUCAACCAGCGGUGGAGGAGAAUCCAGCGAAACUUCUUGAAGCUGUGGAUAACGGCUAUGCAACAGCAGACGAAUGCAGCAUGUGGACAUCAUGGUGGUUCGGCCAUAAGGUGACGAAAGGGGCGGGAAGAGACUCAUGCUACGGCGCCGAGACCAAUGAAGUUUGA